ACUUAAAGUGUCUUUUCUCCGUAGAUAAAUCGUGAUACGCCGUAUUCCCCACCACCUACAUCGUAACGCCACCGCCACCAUGACCACCCGCGGCGGAGCUACCCGGAGAACCACCCCGACUAAGAACCGCAAGCAAAUGAAGAAGAAGAAUGCCUUAACCACCGCAAGGAGAUCCCAGCCACCGAUCCACAUCCAGUUAGCUAAGCUCAUCCCAUCCCUCAUCUCCACCGCAAACGCCGCCUACACUUUCCUCCUCCGCCACGAUCUCCACCUCCUCCCUACCCAAUCACUCUCCCUCGAGUCCCUCCUCGCCUCCACAUCCAUCUCCGUCUCCAAAUUGUUCUCUCUCCUCUCUCUCCCUCCGGCUCCGCCCGUGUCUGAGACCCCCGAUCCCUCAAAUUCAUACUGCUGGUUCCACCGCUUCCUCGCCUCCUCCGACACAGAUUCCGAUGUCCGAUGGGCCCACUUCUUCAACCUACGCAAACCCUCGUUUGUGCUCCUCCUCCGCGUCAUAGCCCCUUCUCUUUCUCAUCUCUUCCCUCUCCCUCCCAAUUACGCCCUAGCGGCCGCCCUUCUGCGCCUUGCCCACGGCGCCUCCUAUUCCGCGCUCGCUCGCCGCUUCGGCAUUGAUUCCGCCGCGGCCUGCCGCGCCUUCUAUACCGUAUGCAAAUCAAUUAAUGAAAAACUCGGGCACUUGUUCGAAUUCCAGUCUGAUAUCGGUCGAACCAUCUCAGGGUUUGGAUGGAACUCACUUCCCAACUGCUGUGGUGUUCUUGGCCUGGAGAAGUUUGAGCUGGAUGAUGAUAACACAAUGGGUGAGAAUGGGUAUUUUGUAGUUCAAGCACUGGUGGACUCUGAAGGAAGGUUCUUGGAUGUCUCAGCCGGGUGGCCAUCCACCAUGAGCCCAGGUAACAUUUUGCGACAAUCCAAACUCUUUUCUGGUGUUGAGGAAUCAAAGCUGUACUUGAACGGGCCAAGUUUCAAGCUAGAAGAUGGAAAUUCAAUCCCGCAGUACAUUUUGGGGGAUUCUUGUUUCCCUCUGCUGCCAUGGCUCCUCACCCCUUACACCGGAUGGGUAGAAGGGGACGAUUUGACUCCUUCACAAGCUGCUUUCAACACAGUGCAUAACAGGGCAAUGGGUUUGGUUCGGACAUCGUUUGGUAGGGUUAGAAUGAGGUGGAAGCUCUUGGGAAAUAAAUGGAAGGGACGAUGCGUUGAGGCAUUUCCAUUUGUUUACAUGACAUGUUGUUUGUUGCACAAUUUUCUCAUCAAGUGCAGCGAGACUUUGCCUGAUGAGAAUGUGGAGGAGUACUUGAGGAGGAGGGUCGAGUUUCCAGUGUGCCAUGAUGAGGAUUCGGAUGAGAGUGGGAAGAUGACUAGAGAUGUACUUGCCUCACACUUGUGCCCUGUAAUUGGUUAGAGGAGACAAAUCUUGUAAUCUUGUAAACAUUUGGUUGAAUGAAUGGUUCCAUUUUGCUUGCAUGAUCCCUCCUCAAGUUAAACUCCUACUUAUUCAUAUGUAUGUAAGUGCAGAAGCAACUGGUUCCAUUCAAUAGCAUCUCUAGUGAAGGUAAGAUUUUCUCAAGAAAUGGAAUAAGGGAUU